GCGUUCUUACUCCUUCCGGGUUAGUGCUCUCGCUCGGUGGCAUGGUGCUUAGUUUGUGUAUCUGUGUAACGUGUGUGGCUAAAAAGGUUUAAUAAAAUGAGUUCGCAGAGAGGUAAUAUAUCUCGAUCGCGGGGCCAGAAGCAUCAAAACACAACUGCGUUUAAAAACGACAAGUACGGGGCGACUACACAAGUGAAGAAGGCAAAUUCAAAGAUCCACGAUGGGCUUUGUCAACACUGUAAGGGUGUUCUUGAGUGGAAAGUUAAGUACAACAAAUACAAGCCUCUAACACAGCCUAGAAAAUGUGUCAAGUGCUCCCAAAAGACAAUAAAAGAUGCGUAUCACAUCAUUUGUAAGCCCUGCUCUCUUCAGCUUGAGAUCUGCUGCAAGUGUGGGAAGAAGGAGGAGAUUGUUAUUCUGGCAAACUCACAUCUGGAGCAAAAAGAGCAAGAAGUUGAUGAACAGAGAAAGAAAGGAUGUCGACGAAGGAAGAAAGACACGGAUGGUUUGGACAGUGAUGAUGAUUACGAUGAUGAUGAAGAUGACUUUGAUGACUGUGAAGAGGAGGAAGAUGAAGAUUUAGACGAGGACUCUGCAGCAAAAAAGCCACAGAAAAAAUCUGCCGUGCUGCCAGACCUGUCCCCAAUCAAUAUUAAAGAUUAAACACAAUAAGAGUGUAACAAAUAGGAUUUUUUGGGCCAAAGUACAGUAUCAGGUUUGUUGCAGAAGCUCUCUUAGAUUAAUAUAUGCCAAUAAGCCGAUGCUGCCUGCUUGAUGCAGAGCAUGAAAGAGGAAGUCAGGUGAUGAAAUGCACAAAAACUCCCAGAUGACAUCAGAGGGAACAAUGUAAUUUUUCUUUUUAACUGAGUCAGUGUUCUUUCUAAGGAAUCUUUAGUUCUGCGAAUUGUUUAAACUGCCAUAAAUAACUUUUUAGAGACUUGUAUUUUGCAAACAUUUAGCAAUAAAUCACACUGGUUAUAAUGUGUUUGCCGUGUUCAGCUUUAUGGCGCUGCUGAGCAGUUAGUGCACCGAGAGAUGUUCCUAAUAUUUUGGCUGUUGACGUUAAUAGGUUUGGCUAUCAUAAACAGACUGAAAUAUAUCCAAGACACACUGUAUAUGUUUUUAGUUAGGUAUUAUUGUAGUUUUUUAUUUAAUUUUCUUUUGUUUUAUUUGUGUUUAAAUAUUAAAAUCUUCAGAAUAUCAUUGAUUCUUCUACAGUGUACAAUCACAUAAAUGUAAUUCAGCAGUUUUUCCUCAGACUAACUUUAGAAACACUGAAAAUCUUGAUGUUGCUGAAUUUGAAAGGAGGAUAUCUUGAACAUUUUCAUUACACUCUAAACUCACAAAUUAUGAAACGCUCUUGGUGUGAGGAAAGCUAGAACCUCUACUACACAUUUUAACUUUUAUCAUAUUCUAUACAAAUAGUAGCCUGUAACAUUUAAAAGAUACUCAUUUGCCAAAACAUAGUA